AUGGCUAAGAAAAAGAAUCCCACUGUAUUCUUGGAUGUCUCAGUUGGCGGGGAUCCCGUUGAACGGAUUGUCAUUGAGCUUUUUGCUCAUGUUGUUCCCAAGACAUCCGAAAAUUUCCGUGCCCUCUGCACAGGUGAGGCGGGCGUUGGAAAGACCACUGGCAAACCUCUACAUUUCAAAGGAACAUCUUUCCAUCGCAUUAUUAAAGGAUUCAUGGCACAGGGUGGUGAUUUUUCGAAUGGAAAUGGUAUUCUUCGAACCUGCACUGGUGGGGAGAGCAUCUAUGGUGGCAAGUUUUCAGAUGAGAAUUUUAAACUGGACCAUGAUGGAGCUGGAGUCCUCUCAAUGGCAAAUUGUGGCCCAAACACCAACGGGUCCCAAUUUUUUAUACUUUUUAAACGGCAGCCACAUCUUGAUGGGAAGCAUGUUGUAUUUGGGAAAGUAGUGAAGGGAUUGGAAGUAGUUAAGAAAAUGGAACUUGUGGGGACGAGUAAUGAGAAACCUACCAGCCCUGUGAGGAUAAUAGACUGUGGCGAAAUGUCUCAGAUAAAAGCUCAGGAUGCUACCGAAAAGGAGAAAGGAAACUCGAAAAAACCAAGCAUUGGCCUUCCUUCCGGUGACAUAUCUGAUCGUGAAGCUAGAGGGACACGUAGGAAAGAAUCCAAGGAGAAGAGGAUAAAGCGAAGAAGAAGAUACUCUUCGUCAGAUUCAUAUAGCUCAAGUUCUGAGUCAGAGUCAGAUUCUGAAUCAGACACAAAUUCAUCCUCCUCUAGUUCUUCCAGUGAUGGGAAGCGUAGGAAGAGGAGGUCAACAAAGAGCCGCAAAGGCCGACGCGGGGAAAGAAAGAUAAAAGGACGAAAUGGGAAAAAGAAACCUCGGCGCAGAAACACGGACAGUUCAAGUGACACCGAGCGUAGCAGUUCUGAUGACGACAGAGUGGGCCACAAUAAGGCCAGAAAGUCAAAGAAAGCUAAAGGGAAUGCUGCUGAUUCUAGUCCCGCAGAGAGGAACUUUCGAAGAGAGGAACCAGAUUCUCUCCUCAAGGACGAUGAAGCCGUAGGUAAUGGAAAGGCCACCAAAGCUGAUAACGCUGAUCAACUUGCCGACUCACUGAAAUCCAGGAGUAUGAGCCCAGUUCCUAGUAGGAGCCCUGUUAAGGAUUUUGGAAAUGGAAGCUCAAGUCCUCGCGAGAAGCUUGCGGAGAAAGCUGUGAGGAAAUCUUCCAGAAGCCCAUCUCCAGAUGGUGCACCCAAGCGCAUCCGGAAGGGGCGUGGAUUCACAGAACGCUAUUCCUUUGCUCGCAAGUACCGCACGCCUUCUCCUGAGCGUUCGCCUCCUCGACACUGGCCGGACAGAAGAAGCUUUCAGGACAGGAACAGGGAUAGGUAUCCAAGCAACAGGAGUUACUCUGGACGCAGAAGCCCACCCAGAAGAAGGAGCCCUUCAAGGUACAACAGGAGGAGAAGGAGCACUUCUCGGAGUCCAGAUGCGUACCGCAGACGUUUCAGAGAUAGAAGCAGGAGCCAAAGUCCAAGGCAUCGAAGCCCUAGAACGAGGCAGCCAAUUAGCCAAGACCUUAAAUCUCGUCUGGGGCCACCACACAGGUCUCCCAUCAAGUCUCCUGCAGAAUCACUCAGCCCUUGUCCCUCAAUCUCUCCAUCCGGACAGAGAGGUCUGGUUAGCUAUGCAGAUUGA